AUGACUGACGUGUCGAAACUUGCUCUCAAAGGGUCCUCUAAAACAGUGGCAGACUAUUUCGAGUUUGCCAUACAUUCCAUCUUAUUCCAAAGAAACAUAUACCCUCCAGAAGACUUCAUCACCGUUAGGAAAUACGGCCUACCAUUACUUGUGAGUAACGAAAGCGACGUGGUUGAGUAUGUGGGACAGAUCAUGAGUCAAGUUAAGAAAUGGAUUUACGGCAAGAAGUUGUGCAAGCUAGCCGUUGUUAUUGUGUCUAAAGACACUGGAGAUCGUGCUGAAAGAUGGGACUUUGAUUUGAGCAUCAUCAAUGAGGAAAACGGCGAAGGUGAAGCUGAACGCGAUUCAAGUGAAGUGAAGUCUCGUGAUCAGGUACAGAAAGAGAUUCAAAGAAUAUUAAGACAAAUAACAUCCUGUGUUUCAUAUUUACCGAUAUUGAACGAUGAUAAUUACUCGUUCAAUGUGCUUUGCUAUACCGAUGCUAACUCUGGAGUGCCGAAUCAAUGGAUAGACACCAAUGGAGACACAAAGGCUCUAGAAGGAGAUAAUGUUGAGAACGUAGAGUUUGCUUCCUUCUCAACCAACAUUCACAAGGUAGGUACCUUUGUUACGUAUAAAGUACAGGAUUGA